UUUCACAACUGCAGCUGCGGGAACACAUGGCGCAGGCAGCUGAUGGGAAUGGGGCUGGGGGCUCUCUUUGCGCUUAUGUGCUCACGCCGCUUUCUUUGCUCUCCUGCCCUGUAUGCAGUUCGCGUACCAGCACACACACAUAGGUACAUACGCGCGCGCUAAGUGAAUACAUACGUACAGCGUGCUGCGAGGUACAGUCGCCGCUAAUGGUGAAAACUGGCCGUGCGAAAAGGCUGAAAGGCGGCUGGCAUAGAGAGAGAGAGAGGGUGAGAGCAAGUCUGAUGUGGGGUGGCAACUUCAACUUCGCCGGCUGCACUUGGCAACAAGUCUGCAAGCGACUGCGACUGCGACUCCAAUUGAGGGUCAAGGUCAGCGCUCGCGCAUCAGCUGCUGCGCAUGUGUGACGACCACGACGGUGGCUCCGCGAAAGCUGCGCUCCGAGUUUCUGGAGCCGCAUGCGGAUGGGCAAGAAGCAGAGAGCGGUUGGCCGGCCGGUUUGGCCACUUUUCGCGGUUCUCCAUACUUAAGUGCGGUGCGAUCGCGGGGCAGCCAAGUAAUCGCCGCAUUUACUUAGGCCUACGAGGGGCGUUACGAAAGUUCUGUGUAGCUACAUUCCUAUGCAUGUGUUUGGCACGCAUACAAGUAAAGAUACAAAUGUAUCUCAAAUUAUGGAAUACUUCUGUCCUCUUAUAGAGCGCUCUUUUGCAAUCAAAUUGAAAUACCUUAUGUUAUAUAGUUAUAGUAGUCGCAAUGUCUGACAACUUUUGAUAUUUCAAUUAUAAAUUCAAACAUAAAAUAGAACUUAUUCCGGAAGCUAGACAAAAUUGCUGUAAAUUAAAGUAUAAAAUUUAAAAAAAUGUCCAAAAACAAUUGCAGCGACUGCACAUGCCGUUUGGCCAACGAGGUGGGCCAGCUAAAGGCCAUUGUGAAUGCCCAGAGCAGGACGCUCGCCAAGCUUGUCCGCCAGAUGAAGGAAGGCUGCAAAAAGGAUGAGGAGGCCAAGGAAUCCACUUUGUGCGGUCUGAAUCCUUGCCUGAAGUGCCUGCAGCCUGAUAUACUUUACCACCUGGGCCUGAACACGGACACCACGGACUUUCCCAAGGUUUUUGGGGAUGUGAGGUUCGUUUGCAUGGGAGGCACACCGGGGCGGAUGGAAAACUUUGCCUACUACGUGAUGCAGGAAAUCGGUCUGAAGAUAAACGCGGCUACCAAGCUACGGAACAUAUCGGAGGCCGGCCAGCGAUUCUCCUUGUUCAAGGUGGGUCCCGUGCUCUGCGCCAGCCACGGAAUGGGUUGUCCCUCGAUCUCCAUCCUGCUGCACGAACUCAUCAAGAUGAUGUACCACGCCAAGUGCAAGGAUCCCGUCUUCAUCAGAAUAGGCACCAGCGGCGGAAUUGGCGUUGAACCCGGAACCGUGAUCAUCUCCUCCGAGGCGAUUGAUGCUCGCUUAAAUCCCGCCCACGAGAUACUCGUGCACGGCGUCAGUGUCCAACAUGCUAGUCAGCUGGAUGAGAGUCUGGCCGAUGAAAUCAAGAUGUGCCACGAUCCCUGCAAGGACACCUAUGAGGCCGUCAUCGGUCGGACCCUGUGUGCCCAUGACUUCUACGAGGGCCAGUCGCGCUUGGAUGGAGCCUUUUGCGAGUACACGCCCGAAAUGAAGAAGACCUACUUGGAGCAGCUGCAGAGCCAGGAUGUGAAGAACAUCGAGAUGGAGAGCUUGGCCUUUGCCGCCCUCACCAGUCGGGCCAACAUCAGGGGCGCAGUCGUCUGUGUGGCCAUCCUAAAUCGCCUAAAUGGGGAUCAAAUCAAAACGCCUCAUGAUGUUUUGUCCAAAUGGGAGAAGCGACCCCAGGAGCUUGUGGCCCGCUAUAUACGCAAGGUGCUGUACUAUAACGAAGAUGACGAUGAAUCGGAGCAACCGGAGGACGAGACCGAGGGAGGAGCAGCAGGGGCUGGGGACACCCAAAAAGCGCCUGCAGCGGAAGCCGAGUAAGAAGUCUAGGUAAACGAAUCUGCCAUACUAAGUCAAAGCUUUGAUCAUUAAAGAUACCUGUGGUUGUUCAGUUCAA